UGUCCGUGUAUUCAUAUAUGUGUAUACAUAUAUAAAUGUAAAUGCAUACACACAUGGAACUGUUAGAUUCAUUUAGAUACUUAAAAUUCUUUGUGCGUCGUUUUGGGGCACUAAGGAGCAUGAAUUGUGGUGAUACUGCUUAUGAAGAUUAUUAUAAUACCCAGCCUUGGGAUAAAGAAAAUGACAAUGAUAUAGAAGUUAGUCCGUAUCUUAAAGAUCCUGAAUAUGCUGUAUAUGAAUGUUUAAAAGUGGAAGAUGUGGAAAUACUAUUAAAUGAGAGUGUUGAGUUGUUGCGAGCUCACUUAGAAAUUACUCCAUCCAUAGCUAAGCUUUUUUUACAUUUACAUGAAUGGGCAUUACAAGACAUUCUCUUGAAAUAUCAGGAUAGUAAAAUAAAUUUCACUUGUUACUCAAAUUUUAAACUCACUGAUUUAAUUGAACAAUCUUGUAAUAUUCAAUGUAAGAUAAGAAAUAAUAUAUGUUCAGUUUGCUGCACAACUUUUCCUACAGAUAAUUUUAGUACAUUAAACUGUGGGCACGCCUUUUGUAAUAAUUGUUGGUGUACACAUUUUGAGACUCAAAUUCGUCAAGGGGUAUCAACAGUAAUGAUCUGUCAACAACCAGUAAGACAUUCAAAGACCUUAUGA